UCACGGUUGUUUAGUUUUUCAAAUCAACAUUAUUUUAAACUUUUAAUCAUAUUAUUUUUAUGACAUGUGAAUUCAAGAGGCAAAGGCUCAUAUUUUUCAAAAAACAUACGUACGUUAGCGGUUAGGGUUAAUUCGCAUGCUCGUCACCUUGUUUAGCUGAUGAUUCACGACAAAUUCACAAAUGCCUUUUCGGUGAUCUUCCGAGAUUCUUCAACCACGAGGAAAUAUGUACAUAGAUUCAUCAAAUCAAGAGUGCACAUACAUUUGAUUUCAGCCCCAGAGUAAAUUUCAGCGAAAAUGAACGCUAAACUAAUGGAAAAAAGUUUUCAAAGCCCUAGAUCACCUUCAAUUACUCGAUCUCGGCAUAGAAGAAAAUCAACUGAGGCUUUUUCAGAUGUAGUGAAAGUAAGUGACAAUAAUUUGCUCCUCAAUGACCAAAACAAAUACAGAUCAAUGUGGGUUCGAACAUAUUCUUCUGUUUGGAUGCUGUUGUGCUUUAUAUUGGUUGUCUAUUUGGGUCAUAUUUAUCUCUGGGGUAUGAUCGUCAUUAUCCAAAUCUUAAUGACGAGCGAGCUUUUUAACUUGCUUAGAAGAGCUCAUGAAGCUAAACAGCUUCCAGGAUUCAGGCUUCUCAAUUGGCACUUCUUUUUCACUGCAAUGUUGUACGUGUAUGGUCGAAUUCUUGGUCAACAGAUUACGCAUGCUGUAACUCCUGAAAAGUUCUUCUACAAGCUUGCAACCAGUUUUAUGAAGUAUCAAAUGGUCAUCUGUUAUUUCCUAUACAUUGCAGGGUUCAUGUGGUUCAUUCUUACACUAAAGAAAAAGAUGUACAAGUAUCAGUUUAGUCAGUAUGCAUGGACACACAUGAUUUUGAUCGUGGUGUUUGCACAAUCUUCCUUCACCGCUGCCAAUAUCUUUGAAGGGAUAUUCUGGUUUCUCCUUCCGGCAUCACUUAUUGCAAUUAACGAUGUAGCUGCUUAUUUCUUUGGUUUUUUCUUUGGGAAGACGCCACUUAUCAAGAUUUCUCCAAGGAAAACAUGGGAAGGGUUUAUAGGAGCAUCCGUUACAACAGUUAUUGCAGCAUUUUUUCUCGCUAACGUUUUGGGUCAUUACCGGUGGAUGACAUGCCCAAGAAGGGAUUUUUCUACAGGUUGGCUUGAAUGUGAUCCUGGCCCUCUUUUUAAGCCUGAAAUAUUUGAGUUACCCAGAGAGAUAACUCAAGUGUUACCAUGGAAGGAAAUGUUAGUUUUACCAGUGCAGUGGCAUGCUUUAUGCCUUGGUUUAUUCGCAUCCGUUAUAGCACCAUUCGGAGGCUUUUUUGCUAGCGGGUUCAAAAGAGCCUUUAAAAUUAAGGAUUUUGGUGGCAGUAUUCCAGGACAUGGUGGCUUUACAGACAGAAUGGACUGUCAGAUGGUAAUGGCUGUUUUCGCUUACAUCUACCAUCAGUCCUUCGUUAUUCCGCAAUAUUAUCCGGUUGAGAUCCUUUUGGAACAGAUUUUAAGAAGUCUCAGUUUGGAGGAUCAAGAGUUACUCGUUUCAAAACUAAAGGAGGUAAUAGACGGGAGACACCUCACGCACUGAUUAUUGGUUUACAUGGACGAAAAUGACAGUUAACUCAACAAUUUAUACUGGUCACAGAAUACAUUAAUAGUUGCUACUUGUUCAUUCUUUGAUUCAUUGUCUUCUUUUAUAGAAUGUAAUUAUGGGUAGAUUCCAACAUUGUUGCACCCUAAUCAUGUUUAGGGCCAAAUUAAAACUUUUAUAUACUAUAACUACAUUAUAUAUUGUAAGAUAAUGAUGGUGAUAAAAAUACUAAAAAAUUAAC